GAUCGGGGCUCUCCGUUUACAUUAUUCAUUCGGAGGGUGUGACUUGUUGGCUCUUUUUCCCGCCUGUAUAAAACGACAAGUUCGCUUAAAAGAAAAUACAGAUGGAGAAGUCUAGCCGGUUCGCUGUGACACAGAGAGUCCCCUUAAGCUUACGUGACAACUCGCAUACUGUCCCUUUGUGACCAGCUUAUCCGCAGAAUGCCCGGUCUAUGCGUGCUUUGUCUUACUGCGGUGCUCGCUGCAUUCACCCGGUUCGCGGAGACCGUGGGACCGGUGGUCCGAUGCGAGCCGUGUGACGCCGGGGCUCUUAUGGAGUGCAAGCCGCUGCCAAAAGACUGCGCAGAGAGGGUGCGGGAGCCCGGCUGCGGGUGCUGUCUGUCGUGCGCCCUUGCUGAGGGUCAGGCGUGUGGAGUGUACACCGGACGCUGUGGCUCCGGGCUGAUUUGUCAGUUCCAACCCGGGGAGACCCGACCACUGCAAGCCUUGCUAGAGGGACGGGGAGCGUGCUCCAGCGCCGCGUCCAAAAAACUCAACACCUUUCUGCUCCCCGCGCAGAAACAAGAGACCACAAGCGGGGAGCAUUCCGGGGCGGGGGAUGAACGGCGUGCCAACGGCACCGUGACGACGACCAAGACGGUGGCAGGGGGCGCGGUAGGUGUGGAAGGCGGAGGUGGUGGACAUCGGGGGGCGAUAGAGGCCAAACCGCCGCUGCACACCAAGCUAGACGUGAUCAAGAAGGAGCAGAAUAAGAAGAGCCAGAGCUACAAGGUGGAGUCAGUGUCUGGGGGAGUCAACUCCGACAUGCACAACUUCUCCCUGGAUAACAAGAGGGAGACUGAGUAUGGCCCAUGCAGGAGAGAGAUGGAAAGCAUCCUGAACAGUCUUAAAAUCUCCAAUGUGCUCAACCCCAGAGGCUUCCGCAUCCCCAACUGUGACAAAAAGGGCUUCUACAAGAAAAAACAGUGCCGUCCUUCCAAAGGGAGGAAGAGGGGUUACUGCUGGUGUGUGGAUAAGUAUGGUCAGCCUCUUCCUGGCUAUGAUGGAAAGGAGAGAGGAGAAUCCCAGUGCAACAACCUGGAGAACAAAUGAGAGGCAGAGAGAGGAUGGAGUGAUGGAGAGAAAGAAUAAGGCAAGAAGAAGAGAGGAAUAGGAGAGAGAGAUACUUUUUUAAACUCCUGCCUUGCACGUAACCGUCGAAAGAGUGCCGGACCGUUGACCUCAGGUCACAUGACUGCCGGGUGGGGGAGGGAGAGGGAGGGAGGGGCAGACUGGGACAGCACAGCCUAAUAGGCCAAGCCUUCUGUCCAUCAUCUGCAGCUAUCUGCUCUGUGCUAUGGGAACCUCUAGCUACCCCUCGUAUGAAAACAACAGAGAGAGAAACUAAACAUCUGCACUAUUAUUUUAGAGAGAGAGGAUGGAGGGACUUUUCCACUCACUUUAAAGAGGACUUGUCUGUGACUGUGACCCAACGCAACGUGCUUGUGUAUGUUUGUGUGUGUGUAUGCAUGCAUGUGUGUAUGCCUGCGUGUGAGCAUGAGUGUGAGCAUGUAUGAGUGUUUGUGUGUGUGUGUGUGUGUAUGUGUGUGUAAAUGCUAUCUUUCAAUAAGCUCAGUUUAGAGGUGUAAGAAAACCUCUUGACAUCCAAACCCUGCCCCCUUCUAUCCUGUCAUGCAGAGACUCCUCCCCUUUCUCAGGAUCCAUCAUUAUGAAGUGAAGGCUUAUGGGUAGGCCAGCCUCUGACCUCUUCCCUGCCAUGUUGGACACCACUGGCCUUCCCCACUGUCUCCAUAGCAACCAGCUUGUCCCGCCCGAUGUGCUGUGUCACAUUUACAGGUUUAGGGGGAAGGAAAGGAAUGGAGACGGUGCCUUAAACCCACACUGCCCCUCUCCCCCUCUUCCCCAUCCCUGACCCCUACCCCUCCCUUUCUCAUUUUCCUUGGUUAGCCCUCUGCGGUCCUCAUAGGACCCCAGGAAGAGUAGCUGCUGCUUUUGCAAAAGUUCAUGGGGAUUCAAAAAAAGAAUCAACAGGUUCUCACAUAACGUUACCACCCUGCAGCCCUGGUCUGGUUAGCUAGCUGGCGGAUUGGGUUAGCAUAGUUAGCCAAACCAUCACUUCUUCAUUCAGGAAAUAGGGCCAGUGGUGUUGUCAUGACAACACGGUCCCUCUAUCUGCAGUACUCUUCCUGUCUAUGGUGCAUAUGUCCUGGUGUGGGGUCCUUUAGACUGGGCAUGCUCGGUGGGACCGGGCUGCUCUCUAUGCCAUAGGAGCCAGCUUCGAGGCCAAGCACAACCACUUAAAGCACUUUAGCUGCACCCAACCAACUUCCCUACAGCGCUCCUCACAGUUAAAGACCAUCUCUACCCAUUGUAGCGUAGUAGUCAUAACUUUUAAUUGGUGCAACAUUUAACAAGGUUUAUAGCACUGUAGAACAAAACAUCAACAACAACAAAAGAAAAAACAAUGUUACACAAGCACUUCUGACUGUGACUUUACUCAGCCUAGAGAACAAACGCCCCUCCUCACAAUUUCCAUUCUAUGCAAAGUGUGUUUUAUUUUUGUUGAUAUUGUUUCUUGGAGAUGCUUGUAUGAUCUUAUGCCAACAUAACUCCACCAGGUGGAUGCAGCACCAAAUAUGCAUUCAAGAAGCAGACAGGGGGUCUGAGGGAGGGGGCGUGGUCCUCCUAGAAGUGCUCCCUGCUUCCUGUAUGACGCUUUCACAUAUCCUGUGUCUGAAAUGGCACCAUAUUUCGUAUAUAAUUCCCUAUGGGCCCUGAUCAAAAGUGAUGCACUACAUAGGGAAUAGGAUGCCAUUGAAGAUGCAGACUUGAACAGUGGAGUGUGCACGACAAGGAAUGCUAGCCCAGUAGCUCGGUAGCAUGGAAUUGGAUGCACACACACUUUAAAACAAACAACAACAACAUCUUCAAACCAACCAACCCGCUGAGGCUGCAAGCCAUUCUAUUUGAAGACUUGAUUACGGGGGAGGAUAAUUCAAUUAUGUUUAAGAUAUUGCCCCACUCCUUCCCAGUUCUUUGUUAGUCUUUUUCUAUAUUCAAAAUGUUUUCGUGGCUAUGUGGCUGACACAUGUAUGGUACUUCAAAUUAAAUAUAUAAAGAAGUUAUUUAUCUAAGAAAGAAUUAUAAACUGAUCCAAACUACGUUUUUUUCUUACCAACAAUUCAGUGACUCACUGAUUGUAGAGCAAACUCGAAGUUGAUUCAGCGUAUUUUGGGGAAUGUAAUCACUAAUGAAUGUUACAUUUUUUAAAUUAUCAUUUUCUUCUAUAAUUAUUUUUGUAAACUUUAAACAUCUCUGGUUUGUUGUCCACGGUAACUGUCAGUCGGUCAGGCACUCAGGCACUCAGGUCACUGGUCUGUAGACUAAUUGGUUUGUAACAAAGUCGGGGUCAGUUUUAUUUCUAUUCAGUCAAUACAAUAAUCUGAAAAUCUUCAUGAGGAAAUGUUGAAUUUGAAUUUCAACUGACUUUUCUGAAUGAACUGAAUGGAAUGGAGCCCAAUCCUGUUGUGUAAUCCAAUGGGUCUGUAGUCAAGUGAAACUCUCAGUCAGUCCAUCGGUCACUGCUCCAACACUUCUCUCCGUACACACCAAUGUUCACACAAACGUGCACAGCAAUGUGCACACAAUGCCAUCCCGUCUCAGUCUCGGUCCACAUCCAGGGGCACCUCUGUCUCUCUAACAUUUUGUCACUUUUCUGGUGGUCAUGUAAGAAUCUCUCUUCUGUUCACGGGUAAUUGUACUUUAUUUUUACAUUUUGUUUCAACUUUUAUUGUUUAAAGAGUUUUGAUUCUUUAAAGAAAAAAAGCUUUUCAUGUUACUAAUCUAGAAAAUCACACAGCUAUUAUUUUCUUUGAGAAAGGAACAUUAUUUUGUUAAAAUAUAAUUUGUAUUUAAUGUCUUUUUAAAAUAAAAAAAUAAACACUA